AUGGUCAAGAAGGUGCCUGUGGCUGUGGUACUUCCUCUAGCCUUGACUCCUGGCAGCAGUGGUGUCUAUACAGCAGCAGGCUCGCAGGCCCUUUUCGACACGGCCGGCGCGUCCUGGUGUGGUGGAGGCUGCGGCAAGUGCUAUAAUCUGACUUCGACUGGCAGCUCCCCAUGCAACGGCUGUGGAACGGGCGGUGAUGCGGGAGAGAGUAUCAUCGUUAUGGUCACCAACCUCUGUCCCAACAACGGUAAUGCACAAUGGUGCCCUACGGUUGGCGGGACCAACCAAUACGGAUAUAGCUACCAUUUUGAUAUCAUGGCCCAGAGUGAGGUGUUCGGGGACAACCCAGUAGUCAAUUUUGAGCCGGUGGCUUGUCCCGGCCAGGCCACAUCGGACUGGGAGACAUGCGUCUGCUAUGGGGACACAGCAACCGACGUGACUCCGGAAGGUCUUACCUCAGGUGGGGGAGGUGGUGAAACUUCUUCAACGUCAUCUACCACCACCAAGUCUAGUACCACAACUACCACCACCUCCUCCGGCUCAGGUGCAACUCAGACCCUCUGGGGUCAAUGUGGAGGCGUUGGCUGGACAGGCCCAACCAGUUGUGGUUCAGGCGCUACAUGCCAGGAGCAAAAUUCCUAUUACUCUCAGUGCUUGAGUUAG